CACAUGCCUGAGCUGAGGCACUUCGGUUCCGGCCCUUCGAACCCUCCGCUGUGGGCUGUGGAGAGCGGAGUUCGCGGGCGGGGGCAGUGUGCGCUGGCCGCUGGGUCUCCGAACCGCCCGGGGCCCAGGAGUGUCACACAAGAGGGACAGGACUGAGUGGGCCAUGGGAACUGAAUUCACCUGUGGAAUUCAGGGCAGAGUUGGAGAACAUUUCUGAGUCAGCAAAUAAUCUGGAAUUCUAUGGGCACAUCAAUGAUAGAAAGAUUAUUAUAAAUGGAAGGAGUACUUGGAGUUGAUUUGCCAUCAUUGGCAAAAAAGAAGCAGUUCAGUUGUAUCGACUAUCGGCUUUGUUUUUUAUGCCAAAAGAGUUGUAAUGAGGCACUGGUUAAGAUGUCAGCAUCAAGUCAGAAAUUACUGGAAUCCAUCUGCAAAUGUUCUGUGGAUAUGCCCCAGAAGGAUCCCUGCCAGAAACAAGCCUGUGAAAUACAGAAAUGCUUGCAAGCCAACAACUACCAGGAGGCUAGAUGUGAGGCUGUGCUCCAAGAGAUGCGAAGAUGCUGCGCCCAGUACCCCAAGGGCAGAUCCAUCUGUUGUUCGGGGUUUGAGAAAGAGGAAGGAGAGAGGGAGAAGCUUAAGGCAGCUUCAAAUGGGCUUCAUGCAGCACCACAGUAACAGGCUGCAGCUCCAGGAGGUUAUGGAGCGUGGCCUUCUCCUCAGACAAAGUAGCGUGCAAGUGGCAAAUAAUAAACCUUCAGAGCUAAACCAUGAGAUUCAGGCUGGAGUGGAGGCCACCUCAAGGAAUAAAACUGUUAAAAUAACGUAUUAUUCAGACUGAUAAGGAAGCCAGAGAAGAAUCCUUCUUAGAAUAAAAUGUCCUGUGCACCAAAUGUAAAAUGCAAUACAAUGGAUGGGCUGUUCAAAGGA